UUACACCAAAAUCAACAGUAGCUAUUCUAUGUUUUAGAUGGGUGUUAUCAGGAUGAGUUACCUGGCUCUGGAGCACAUGAGCAAGUUGAGUGGAGGUCGUGGAGGGGUCAUCGUCAAUAUUGCAUCUUUGGCAGGUCUGGGCCCUCUACCAAGCUGUCCUGUCUACACUGCCACCAAGCACGGAGUGGUCGGCUUCACUCGAGCCAUGGCGGCUGCCUCUACCGCUUCAGGUUAUGGCAUACGGUUCAAUGUUCUUUGCCCAAGUUUUGUCCAAACUGACCUCUUCGUCAAUACUACAUCCAAUCUUGGGCAAUUCUCCCACCUGGCUGAUGUAGCCAAACAGAUGGAAGACAAGUUUGGUGUAUUAAAUACGUCUGAGGUAGCAGAGUGCGUCCUGGAGCUGGUGAAAGACGAGACGAAGAAUGGAGAUACCUUAUUGUUGAUCCCUAAAGGAAAACAAUACAUGACUUUUCCAUCUUUCAGUUAGAAGCUCCCUGCAAUUAAAUCCACAACGCCAGCAUUGGCAGGUAUUGUAGUAUUGGAUUUUAUAAUCAAAACUGCAAUGCUUCUCUUCUUGAAAGCACAAAAUAAAAAAACGAAAUGCCUCAAGUGCCUUUGAUUACAACUACAUCAGACAAAUAAUUGUAUCUAAAAUGUCUUAAUAUUGUCGACAAUGUACAUGGGAAGUCUAAGCUGGCCACUGUUGCCACUUCUUCUCCUUUCAUUAAUUUUGCUAGUACUGCUGAAAUAAAAUAUUUGCUUUUUCUUACAAUA